AUGGAAAUAUCUUCAGAUGAUGCUGAAAACAGUAAUGAUUCAUUCAAAAAUUUGCCACCGGUUAAUAUUCAGUCGUCCUGUUCAGCAUCAAGUUCUAACAGUUCAUCACAAUCUUCAACAAAGAUUUCAAAAACAAAGGAAAAAAAUACUGAUGAUAGAAAUAAUGAAUUGGCAAGUAAGAAAACAAGUAAAUCUGUCAAAAGAAAUGCACAGAAUGAAAAACUGGCUGAGAAGGUGGAAAGAAAGAGGGCGAAAGAAUUGAACAAGAUUUAUAAACCUGGGGAGUGUAUGAAGUAUAUGAAGAUUGAGAUGCAUCCCACAUUCUUGAGCAAAUGGUAUGCUGGUGACGUGGAAAGGGAGGUAGGACAGGCUGGAGCAAAAAUAGCUCCAUCUCCCGCCCUCUUUGACACUGGACUGGUGCUGUGGAAACGCUGCGUGCCUCUUAAACUCAUCUCCAACCAAGGGCAGGUUGAAAUGAGUCCGUCUGAGGAGAGAUGCGGGCACGGCCUGUGCGUCAUGACGGCCUCGGAUGCGGUCCCUCACAUCCUUCGGAGGGGUCUAGCUGGCCACGUGCGCCAAGUCAGCGAAGCUGCCGACGCUAAACUCACACUGGUCGUCUUCGGCGCGGAGGACUAUUUCAAGUCCGCACCAAAAAGGACCAAGGAGAACAAGAACGAAGUGAUAACGGAAAUGGAUUUAGAAAUGGCGAUAACAGAUCUCUUAGUCAGCACUGGAUGCGACACGGUUUUAGUGAAUCAGGGGAACGAGCUUGCUCUACUGAUUGUUCAGUCCACGAAAGCGAUAGCGGAAGCGCCAUACAAGAGGAGUAGACACGAGUUCGACGAUCAAGUGGACUUUUACAUGCGCGGUGACAAUAAGAAGUGCGUGGCUGUGGACAAAGACGGCAACGGUCUAAGCAAUUUAUGGCAACAAAUGAUAUCUGUGUUGCCGUUAUGCAGCCUUGAGACCUCACGCGCACUUUGCUCUAAUUAUAAGACACCUUUGGCUUUAUAUGAGACAUUGCUCUCAGUGGAUGGCGUGCAGACAAUAGCGAAUUUGGGUGUGACUCGCUCGGCAGUCCCCGGCAGUAGAGCGCGGCGUAUCGGCCCAGAGUUCGCCAGGAAACUGCACACUUUGUUCACGGCUGAAGAUGAAAACACUGUAAUAGAA